AUGAGUUGCAGAUCAAGUAGUAAAGUCAGCUGUUUCUCAUCAUGGCUUCUGCCUGCCGCCGGUACGGCCAUGAUCGUUGCUCUCCUGGCCGUUAUGACCAUGAUGCCCAUACGGCCGUGCUCUGCGGUCCAUCACGCGGCACAACCAGCCGGAAGGCCCAACACAAAGCAGUACAUCGUGCAUCUAUCGUCGGUGCCGCCAGUGCUGUCGUACCGGGGGGGAGUAAACGGGCUGCAGGCCACAGCCACUGUCGACGAUGAGGAGGACGAGUAUGAGGACGAGGAAGACGUGGAUGACGUGGGUGAUGAGGAUUAUGGGGAGGAUGGCGAUGCUGUUGGUAAUGGCAAUGGGGGCAUCGGUGGAGUUGGCGGCAAUGGCACUGCACCAGGAUCAGCAGCAGCAUCAGGAGCAGCAGCAGGGGUAGCUGCAACAAUGGCAGCGGCAGAAUCAAAAGAGCAACUGAGAGGGUCAGAAUCUGUUGAGGAUGGCUUUGAUGCCGAUGUUCAGUUUGCUGCUGCAGCUGCUGCAGAGGCGGCGUUGGAGAUGGCAGGGGUGGCAGCAGCAGCAGCAGGUGGGGCAGGAAGAGGAUUGGGAGGAGUGGGAAGCGGAGGAGGAGGAAUCAGAGGAGCGGUGAAGGUGAGCGCACUGCCGUUUGGGCGAACCGGGGUGGAUGCGCUGGUGGAGAGGGUGGGUCAGCGGCUGAGAAAGAUGAAAUCGCGGUCUGUUGGGCGGCGCCUGCUGGCCCGCGUUGCUGCUGCUGCAGUGGCCGCAGCAGCAGAGGAAGCAGCAGCAGCAGCAGCUGGUGGUGGUGCAGGUGCAGCUGCUGCUGCUGUCACACAGCCAUUCCAAAACUCAUCCUUUUACCCGUCCACUGUUUCUGCUACUGUCAGCAGCGUUCCUAUCACUCCGUCAUCUGCAUCAUCAUCAGCAGCACCCCGAGAGGGUGGUGCCAGCUCAGCAUCAGCAUCAUCAUCAGCAGAAGCUGCGCCAGUCGGAGAGAAGGCACCGAUGGCAAGUGGAGCCACGUCAGCAGUGCUGACGGUGCAGCAGCUGAGUGCACGUGCGGCACGCAUCAUGCGCUCAACGCCGUGGGGCCGACUCACGCGACCCGACGUGCGGUUACCACACGUCCAGGACUUCACACGCUUCCUGGAAGCUUCUCACCGCAGCCUGCUGCAGUCGCUUAAGAUCCCAUCCUCAGCCAUUUUCCACAGGUGGGGAGGGGGGAUAGGGGGGAAGAGGGGUGGUGUGGGUGGCUACACCUAUCUGAUGAACAGCUUCGCAGCGCAGCUCACCGCUGCAGAGGUGAGGCGACUCAAAUUGCACCCAGCAGUGGCAGACGUGGAGAGAGACCGCACAGUGCGAGUGACCUCAGUGCACUCCCCCCAGUUCCUCAAGCUCGACUCGAGCCUGUGGCCGGCGAAUGGCGGGCAGAGCAACGCAGGAGAGGGAGUGAUCAUCGGACCCGAACACCCCUCCUUCUCCAACCCUGACAAAAACGGAGUGCCUUACUCUGCUGCCCCUGUGCGCUGGAGAGGCGUGUGCAGCACAACGGACGACUUCACAGCGUGCAACGGCAAGGUGGUUGGGGCGAGGUUUUUCCUGAAGGGUCUAGAGCAGGUGGAUCGCAAGUUGGAUACCGAAUAUGAUUACCGGUCACCACGGGACAUCACGCAGCAUGGCACGUGGUGUGCGGGAGCGGCUGCUGGAAACACAGGGGUGGAGGUGACAGUACGCGGCCGAACCUACGGCACAGCUUCGGGUAUGGCUCCGCGAGCCAGGCUGGCAGUAUACAAGGCAAUGUGGACCACUGUGAUGGCCGGAGGGGUAGGGGCGUUUUCUGACCUUGUUGCUGCUGCGGAGACUGCAGUAGCUGAUGGGGUGGACAUAUUAUCUUGCUCAUGGGGGGUCCUUCCUCCUAUGUACUUUCAAGAUCUUCCCUUCCUACGAGGACUCAAGGCCGGGGUGGUCACAGCCUUUGCCGCCGGCAACGACGGUCGGCCCAGCAGCAUGAGCUUGUUUGGCACUAUUUCUAGUCCCGCUCCCUUCUACCUCACAGUGGGAGCAAGCACCAUGGGGCGGGAAUACAAGGCCGUGCUCACCCUGGGCGAUGGAACCACUUUCAUAGGGCGCAGUCUUGGCGGCACUGCUGCCACGGCGUCAGAUCUGCCCCUCAUACGCGAAGUGUCAAUGGGGAUCGCUUGGGGGUGGCUGUCAAGAGAUAUAUCAACACUGCAAGCAGACCCACAGCAACGCUUUCCGCAUUCACCGCCUCCUAUUCCUCCAACGCCCCUCAGCUCGCUUUCUUCUCCUCCACCGGGCCCCCCCGAAGCCCACUCCUCCCUCCGGCGCUUCUGA